AUGGAUUUUCAACUCGGUCUUGCAGCAGCCCCUGUUACACCACUUUACAAAAACGGUGAGUUAAUAAAUGUCUCUAUUAUUGGCAAAUAUAUUGAUAUUUUGCUGGAACAAGGAAUUCGAAGAGUGUAUGUGAAUGGUUGCACUGGCGAAGGGCCGAGCUUCAACGUCCAAGAACGCAAACUCGUUGCAGAAAAAUGGCUGGAAUACGGCAGAAAUAAACUGGAUAAAAUCAUAAUUCAAAUUGGCGGGACAAACAUGAAAGACUCGCAAGAACUAGCCGUUCACGCACAAAGUAUUGGGGCAUCUGCAAUCGCUUCGCUUCCACAUUUUAUCAAUCUGACGUGUCAAGUUUGGUGGACUAUUGUGCCGAGUUAACCAGUGUUGUACCCGAAAUGCCCUUCAUGUAUUACCAUAUACCAGGCUACACUGGGGUUAAUAUUAAAGUCGAAGAAUUUCUGGAAGCUGCACAGCACAAGUUACCAAGUUUGGUUGGGGUGAAGUACAGUCAUAAUGAUCUCUAUGAUGCCACUCAAAGCACAUUGGUAGGAGGGGGGAAAUAUUUUGUCAGUUUGGGUGAAGAUGAAUUGCUCCUGUCAGGUUUGGUGUUAGGUAAGGGUUAUAUUCAUUUCUGUAGCUGGGUUUUCACUAAGUACAAAUAGCCCGACUCUCACUCACAGACCUUUAAUACUGCUAGUAAGGGCUAAGUACAAUGGGCUAGUUUCCAUUUAGUAUCUGUACCAGUGCCGUACGUACUGUACGUAGCUUUUAUAAAUGGGGGCACUGGUCCAUCAUCCCUCCCUCAUUAAAAACUAACCCUUCCACAGCGGCGAUGGCAUAUAAGUUACGUUUUAGGGGGAGUUACUAUUUUCAGGAUUAGGGAUGGCAUAUAAGUUACGUUUUAGGGGGAGUUACUAUUUUUAGGGUUAGGAUUAGGGUUUGGAUUAGUGAAAGGGUUAGGAUUGGGUCAUUCCAGAAAACACCCAUACCACCCCCACAGAGGAAAUAGGAAGUUAACCCCCCUACCCCUUCGGAUGUCCUAAUACAUUUACUAUUAUCAGAAACAAUUUUUUCUCCCCUCCCCCUCCGGACAGCAGAAAUUUCCUCCGUGUGGGGGAGUAUGGAUCUUUUCUGGAACGACCCAUUAAGAUUAGGGUUAGGAUUAGAGUAAGGGUUAGGUUUAGGGUUAAGUUUAAAAUACAAAAGAAUACAAAAUUACAAAAGUCUAAAAAUAGUAACUCCCCCUAAAAUGUGACAGCUAUAAAAUAUGGGGCUGUUGUUCAAAGCACUGUUCAGGGCUCAGAAAUGCCAUUAAUUUCCUGCACUUUCUGGCAUCGAGUUUAAGAAUUUGGCCAACAAAAAUACAUUUAUUUUAUCAAUCUGACAUGGCAAGUUUGGUGGACUAUUGUGCCAAGUUAACCAGUGUUGUGCCAGAAAUGCCCUUCAUGUAUUACCAUAUACCAGGCUACACUGGGGUUAAUAUUAAAGUCGAAGAAUUUCUGGAAGCCACACAACACAAGUUGCCAAGUUUGGUUGGGGUGAAGUACAGUCAUAAUGAAUUACAGUCACUGGAAUUAGCUGGGGAAAAUGGUAUAAAAACUGUUUACGACCUUCAGAGCUAUUGGACGUCAAUGGCCGCCAUCUCUAUGAUGCCACUCAAAGCACAUUGGUAGGAGGGGGCAAAUAUUUGGUCAGUUUGAGUGAAGAUGAAUUGCUGUGACUAGACAGCCAUCACAGCCAGCACUGUCUAGUCACUUCAUUAAAAAAAAAAACGCUUCAAAAAUGGGUUUGGUAGUUUGGAUGACUUGUUGGGGACUAAAAUCACCAGGAUAUUAGCAUGGGCAGCAAAAGCAUAACAAUGACAACAACAGCAAACAACAACAAUAAUCACAACAACAACCCAACAACAACAACAUACUGAUGAUCAUCCUGCACUUAAUUAUCUUGAAGUAGUUUAUGCUUUAGUUUCAUUUUUUUAUGACUCGGUCAUGUUUGAGUUGUGUCCUUUAACGAUAUCGCUAAAGGACACAAGCCAAUACCAAAUAUUAUAUACCAUUUAUACCAGUGUAAAAAUUCUUAUUUUAGGCUGUCUAAUGCCAAAUGAUUUCACUUGUCAAUUAAGGGAAAAGUGCUGGCACUGAAUGGGUUAAACAUAUUUUUCAUUAGGUAUAAAGUCUUCAAUUGGCAGUACAUACAACUACUGUGGCAAAGUAAACUGCUCAAUUGUUGAAGCUUACAACAAGCAAGACAUGGAUCUGGCAAGGAAACUUCAACUUGAAGCUCACCAAUAUUUGAAAAUUUUCAUGAAAUAUGGUGGAAAUGCUGCUGCAGUGACUAGAGCAUUUUUUAUUUUGCUUGGAUUGGAUGUCGGGCCACCACGAUUGCCUAAUAAGCCUUUGACUAAUGAGGAACUGAAAUUGUUAAAAAUAGAUUUGCAGAAUGCAGGAUUUUUUGACAGUAAAUAA